CAUUAAUGUUGUUGUACGUGAGAAAAAUCAAUAUCCUGUUGGUUGAAGAAAAGAUGUUGAAGUUGUUAGGCUCUACAACAUAGCAUUAGUGAGCAAAAUACUGCAAGCUUUUGAUAUAUGUGAUGUUGUUCAGCGAGAAAAUACUAAUGUAGUAUAUUCAUAAAAUAAGCAACCAUGUUUAUAACUUUCACCAAAACCAACAACAUACAAGUUGUUCUGGCAGGUGAGGUAGUGCUCACAAUUUGAUUUCCUUUCAAGCCAGUAAGUGCAUCACCACCUAGAAACAUUUGGGUUGAAUAAACUUCAGGUGUGGGAUUAUGACUACAGGUAAUUAAAGCUUUACGGCAGAAGAUGAAGAUGGUGAACUUAUAGAACCUCUCCACUUGCUACGUUGUUCAAGUGUUCCUUUCAUAUCUCUAAUAAACUUUAAGUGAGAAUCUGAUAAACAUUGAAAAUGCAAGUGAUUUCAGAAGAAACUUCAAACUCUGAUUUCUGUGAUUGGCAAACUGGAAGUAAUCAGGUGUGUGUUUCAACUUGGAAUGCACUUGAUCAGUCAUGCAGGCAGGAUAUAGUUACAAAUUGUGAAGAUGUUCAACAGUUUGGAGUUAAAAAUAAAGAGGAUAAUCCCUGUGUUCUCAUAUGUAAGUUUUGCGACAUUUCUUUUAAACACAGUGGAGAACUAAAUGAACAUAUGGGAAUAUGCCACAUGAAAGGAAAAGUAUCAUGUAAGCAGUGUCAUAGGAUUUUUCCAUCUCGUGCACUUUUGCGUACACACAGUAAAGAGCAUUGUAAUACAGAAAACAAGUGUCCCCAUUGCAAUUGUAAGUUGAUGAGUCAAACAUAUGGUUCUCAUUUUCCAUUCUGUAGGUAUAAAGGAAGACAAGUAUCUGCAGAAAAUGUAAUUAUUGUUGAUAUCAAUGAAAACGAACUUAAACAACGUACUUGGCACUGUAAGAACUGUGGUCAGUUUUUCAUACAUGGCCAGUUACUUAAAGACCAUGAUUGUAAAUAUACCCAAACAGGAGUUGAUUCUAGAAAUGAUUUUGAUAAUGUUGUUAGCGUGGAAAGUACCACACCCCAUGAUUUACGCGGUUCGGAAGCUCUGCACCAGUGGAAUGGGAAAGAACAAAUAUCCUUUUCUUGUUCAGUAUGUCAUAAAAUACUUUCCAAACAUGAGACUUUGGAAACACAUUUAUGUAAGUACAUUUGCUGUCCACUUUGUGGUUUCAAAACUUUUGAUUUUACUGAAAUAAAUAACCAUCUCAAAAGUUUUCAUGCAGGGAGUUCUGUGGAGAUUAGUUUUUCUGAAAGCCAAGAUUGUAAAGGAGCAAAACCAGAAGAUCAUUUACUUCUCCAAGAAUGUGGUGAUGUGAUAUUAAGUGAAAACAGUGUUCUGUGUAAAAGGUGUGGUGUAAGUAUUCCAAAAAGCAUGCCUUGGAUAAAUCAUAUUUUGGAGUGCCAACAGACUGCUAAAAUGUUAAAGAUAAAUGAACCUAAGUCUACUGACUUUACUGUAGAAACACAGAAAUUUCAAUGUGCUGACUGUAAUAAGACCUUUCCUACUGAGAUAGGAUAUAAAAUUCAUUAUUUAAACAAAAAGAAACUCUGUCCGGCAAACAAGCAAUCCAAACCUUCCAUCUUUGUAACACCACUAUAUGACAUAGGAGUUGAGAACAUGGUAAAAAAAAUUUAUACGUGUUUAUUAUGUAAGAAACAGUUUCAUGAACUAAGAGAUUUUAGAAACCAUACAGUGAAUCGUGCAAGGUUAUGUUCUAAAGCUUAUUUACAAAUGACUUUCUCGGCUGGUAAGACUUUUGUAAAGAAGUGUUUUAGAUGUGGUCACACUUUGCCUCCACAGCAUACCAAGAGCUGUUGUAAGUUUUGCUCAUUUUCUAAAGAUAUUGUUUCACGUAAAUGUCAGAGUUGUGGGGUUUUCAUUAGAAAAAAUUCUUCUAAUUCUAAGUGCCACGUGUGCAGCAAUUUAAAUCAGCGUAUAAUCAAGGAGGAAAAUUGUGAAAGAAGCACCAAAACAUUUAAAUCAAAUAAAAAGAAGAAGAAGAUUGGAGUAAUAUGUUUGCGUUGCUCAGGUAAUUUUAUUAGUCUUUUAAAAUUCAUAAAACACUUGGGAGUUUCGACUUCUUGCAUGAACAAGUAUCCAAGGUUAAAAUGUAGAUGGUGUAAAAUGAACUUCAAAAGUAGUAGAGCUUACUUAAAUCAUCUUUCUGAGCAAAAGGGGGAAUGCACAGAAAAACCUGGCUUAGAAUGUAUUGUCUGUAAACGGUUCUUUAAAAAUGAACAUUCUCUUCGAGUCCACAAAAACUACUGCAAGGUUAAGAGAGAGAAAAGUAGGAAAAGACGGUUUCGAAUAUCCUGUGAAGUGUGUGGAAGGACAUUUUUUAGUAAUGAUUUUGACAUUCUUCGAAGGCAUGAAGCAUAUUGUAGAGAAACAUAUGAUGUUAAAAGUAGUCACAUUACUUCAAAAAAAGUGGUCCAGUCCAGUCUUUCAUCAUUAACUAAUGUAUCACAGUCUUAUAACAAGUGCUCAAGUGAAUUGUCAGUUAAUACCAAUUCAGAAAAGAAACUCAGUAUCCUUUCUUUUUCAGAAAAAGAUCAUGAACAAACUUGUAUUGCUUGUUGUAAACAAUUUAAAAGUAAAAUUUCUUUGCAAGUUCAUCAAAAAAACUGCACGAAGAAAAUGCAGGCCAAUUCUAAAAGCAGGUUUCAGAUAUUUUGUCAGUUCUGUGAAAAAUCAUUUCUAAGUGUGGAUUUCAAUGACCUUCGAAGACAUGACUUGUACUGUAAGGGAGUUUUUGUUAAUAACUCACAGUUUUGUAAGAACUGCUCAAAAUCAUUUCCUACUUUAAAGGAUUUGAAAAAUCAUGAGGUCAAGUGCUCAGUUUAUGAGUGUUACCUUGCCAUGUCAUCCCAAAGAAGCAAGAGUUCUUCUGAAGAACUCGAAUCUCCUUUCGCGGCUUGUUCCAGUAAAUUAGUAUGGUGUCCAAAAUGUGGUCAAAGGUUUGAGUAUCUUGCAAAUCAUGAAUGUAACAAGUUCAUGGAACAUGCAAAGUCAUGUAAAGUUGUUUUACAAAAACUAACAUCAAAAGAAAUUAAGAAAUACAUGAAUAAAAAAGACAUUUCAGUCUCAAGUGACAAAUCAAAUGUUCUUGAAAACUAUGCAGAAACAGUAGAUGAUGAUUUAGAAAGUUGUGAAAUAAAUUAUGAAGUAGUAAACGGUAAAUCUGAUAAAAUAUUUGAGACCUUUCGUGGCCAUGAGCCUUUGAAGAUUUGCUUGAAAAAGAAAACAUUACUUCAAACUCAGAAUAAAUCUCAGAAAAUACAAUACGAAAUUGAACAAACUGAUAAGAAAGAUCUUUAUAGCUGUAAAAUAUGUAAGUUGAAAAUGAAAGAUAGGAAGAAUUACUUGAAACAUAUGAUACACCAUUGUGAUUCAAUUACUCAUCGGUAUCAGUGUCCAUGGUGCCACAUAUAUUUCAGAUGGAAGUAUAAAUUGAUACAACAUCAGUCAGAGUGUUUAUCAUUGUGGUCAAUAAAUAAGUCACUAACUCCUAAAGUUGAUAAAGGUUCUUGUAGGCCAGCUAACAGCAAGAAGGUUUUACCCUAUUCACAGAACAUGUUAAUUACUCAAGACUAUCAACUGAAACCUGAUGUGGAAAAGACAGAAAAGCAAUCAAAUAAGAUUUAUCCUCCAGGUGAUUGGAGCUGCAAUUUCUGUUUUCGUCCAUUUGUCUCUCAGAAUUACAUAGAGAAUCACAUCAAGCGUGCUCAUCCUUUUGUGUGUACCUGUGGAAUGGUUUUAACAGGAAAAGAAGCACUUUCUCAUUCUCAAGAAACUUUUAAGAAGCCUAACCAUAUUGUAUAUGUAUCACUAAUAAAACAAGGAACAAAAGAUUUGGAUAUAAUUCCUUUUGAUCACCUUAAAAAUGAGUUCAAAGCCUUCCGAUGUGAAAAUUGCAAGAUAAACUUUCUAAAUGAGAAAACAUUUUUCUGUCAUUUUGAUAAGUUUCCUUUGUGUAAAGCAGCUAUUACACAGAUAGAUUCUUUUACUUCCAAAAUGUUUUCUAAGUAUUUACUGUCAGGAUGUGUAGGAGACUUGAGAGAUAUUUCUACAAAGUUUUCUUCAACACCUGAGGAUUUUAAUCAUGAACAGAAAUUAACAGAAGUACAGAAAACUUAUGAUAAUCAAAUCUUUGGUAAUAAUCCUAAAUUUACAUUUCACCAAGAUUCUGUCUUUCCUGCAACUGCUGUAUCAAGUGAGAUACAGAACACUUUCCAUUUUGAUGGCUGUAUUACACAAACUGAAAAUAAUGAUGUGAACUUGAUGUCUGUGUCAAGUGAGCCACAAGUUGUAGAAGAUCAAGAUGAAAUCCAGAACAUUUUCCAUCCUGUGGGUUGUAUUAAACAAGCUGAGAAUAACAAUGUGAACUUGAUGUCUGCGUCAAAUGAACCACAAGAUGUAGCAGAUGAAGAUGAAAUCCAGAACACUCACCAUUUUGAUGCUGGUUGUAUUACACAAACUGAGAAUAACAAUGUGAACUUGAUGUCUGUGUCAAGUGAACCACAAGUUGUAACAGAUCAGGAUGAAAACCAGAACACUUUCCAUACCGAUGGUUGCAUUGAACAAACUGAAAAUAACGAUGUGAACUUGAUCUCUGUGUCAAGUGAGAUACAAGUUGUAGAGAAUCAGGAUGAAAUCCACAACACUUUCCAUCCUGAUGGUUGCAUUGAACAAACUGAAAAUAACGAUGUGAACUUGAUACCUGUGCUGGUUGAAAUUAUGCCAGAUGAGCCUUCAAUCCUGCCACACUAAUACAAUAUUCUUUCUAGGUGUUCGUAACAAACCAGUGAAUUAACAACUGUACACUCUGCUUUGUUUUGUAAUUGCUUUUCUAACUGUUAAAAGAAAAAAAGUAAAGAUUUCUAUUAAUGUCA